CACACUCACACAUUGUUCUGUGUCCAGCUGUGCCUUGUUCCUCAGUGGGCUGAGAUGACGACAGAACAAGUGGAGGGGGGGAGAGAGAGAGACUCAGAAUCAGAGCAGUAUGCUCUCUGUUCACAUCACGCUGUGACACCAAUGUAUGCAGCCUGAGGUGUUGUGUCCCAUUGCGGAGCCUGCAGAGAAAACACAUAUCCCAGGAUGCAGUGGUGCAGUUGGGCUGGCAGUUGGAGAUCCCGCCUACAAAGACAGCCUGCAGGGCCGGAGACUGAGGACUCGUUCGACUUUCUUUUCAAAAUCAUCCUGGUUGGGGACUCGAAUGUGGGUAAAACCUGUGUGGUCCAGAGCUUCAAAUCUGGCAUAUUCAUCGAGAAGCAGCAAAACACCAUCGGAGUGGACUUUACUGUUCGUACCCUGGAUGUUGAUGGCAAGAAGGUGAAGAUGCAGGUGUGGGACACAGCAGGACAGGAGCGAUUUCGCACUAUAACUCAAAGCUACUACCGCAGUGCCCACGGGGCCAUGGUGACCUAUGACAUCACACGCCGCAGCACAUUUGAAUCCGCUCCCCACUGGAUCCGGGAGGUGGAGCAGUUUGGAGCUUCCAGCGUGUUGCUGAUUCUCAUCGGUAAUAAGUCCGACCUUCAGGCCCAGAGGCAGGUGUUGUUCGAGGACGCGUGCACUCUGGCAGAAAACAACAGAGUGCUGGCCGCUCUGGAGACCUCGGCCAAGGAGGCCCAGAACGUGGAGGCGGCCUUCGUCCUCAUGGCCCGGGAGCUGCUGGCACGCACCGGCACGGCCAUCAUGGAGGAGAUUCCCCAGGACUCGCCCCAAUUCAUGUUGCGCAACAGCUCCCACCCGGUCCACGGCACCGCGUCUCCAGAUAAAAAGUGCGGGUGCUGAGUGGACCGAAGCACGUCGUUAAAGACUUGGACCAAUAAGUGUCUGCAGUUUAAGAGAAACUAUACACUGUGCAUUGUGUGUGUGUAAAAGUUCUUCUUACGUAUUUUGAAUAGUAUUUAUUGUUUGUGGAAUCAGUAACACAUAUUUUAAAGGACGGGUGCUUGUCAAACAUACUUAGAGAUAUUGGCGUGAGGAUCACAGCUGAAUGUGAAGCGACCCGGCACGACCACCGCUCUGCUGGACGACUCUAUGCUCAGAUCCAGAACGUUUUCUUUUACGCUUUCUAAUUGUUCUUUCAAUCCGUACGUUUAGUUUCAGUACAAUACCGGAGUUUCAGUUUCAUCCUACAAUGCAAGUACCUGCAAAACCUCUUUGUAUUAUACCCGUUAGUUAUAAGAAGCCUACAACUGUAAGUCCAUGUUCCUCCCAUACAAGUCUUUAAUUACAAACAUUUAUAAUGACCAUUCCUAACAUUUUCAUGACUUUAACCAUUUCACAAAAAAAUGGCACCUUUUUCCCCCAUUUGGUUGCAACUGUGGUACUUUUUUCCAUUUCAAAAAUGUAGUUUAAAUUAAAAUGACCGUACUCUUGA